UUAUGAAAAAUGCAUGAAAUAUUUUCUCUACAUUUUCAAGUAAUUAUACAUCUACCCUAAUUAUUUGUUCUCCUUCUAUUUAUUUUUAUAAAAAAAUUCCUUUAUUUGGAAAGUUUUUUGAGAAAUUUUCAUUUUUAUUUUCCUACCAAUUAUAAUUUCACCUCUUUAUUCCUUUUUUUUCUUUCUUUUUUGGCCCUUUGUUGCGUUUUUUCUCCAUUAGAUUCUGCCUCUUCUCUUGACUUUACCUCUGCUGCCUCUUCUUGUUUUUUCAUCCAUCUUCUGCUUCUUCUCCUUUUUCCUAAUCGAUCUCUGCACGAAUCCCAAAAAAUCCUUCUUUUUUUUUGAAAUAGUCAGCUAUGACUCUUGGUUCAGGAGGAUCUAGUGUUGUGGUCCCUCGGAAUUUCAGAUUACUUGAGGAACUUGAACGCGGUGAAAAGGGUAUUGGAGAUGGGACUGUAAGCUAUGGGAUGGAUGAUGGAGAUGAUAUCUAUAUGCGGUCGUGGACUGGCACCAUUAUUGGUCCUCACAAUUCCGUUCAUGAAGGUCGCAUUUAUCAGUUGAAGUUAUUCUGUGAUAAAGAUUAUCCAGAGAAGCCACCAAGUGUCCGCUUCCAUUCUCGAGUUAACAUGACGUGUGUCAACCAUGAGACAGGAGUGGUGGAACCAAAAAAGUUUGCUUUACUUUCAAAUUGGCAGCGAGAGUACACCAUGGAAGACAUACUGGUUCAGCUGAAAAAGGAGAUGGCUUCUCCUCACAAUCGCAAGCUAGUUCAGCCCCCGGAAGGCACCUAUUUCUAGCGCAUAACGACGACAAUCCAAACUUGUGCUGCUGUGUCAUGACAUUGGAAGUUUAAAAAUUUACUAGGGGGAGUGCCUCCUUUUAAGGGCUUCUUGAUCACUUUUGCUUUCAUCCUUUAUGAACUUUGCCACAGUGUGCUGUUUGAUUAAUGUGUGUCAAAUAUUAAGAGUAAUAGGUUCUUGUGCUGUCUGAA